AGCCACAGGACCACACCUCAGUAAUGUGCCUUUAAAAAAAACAUGCAUCACUGAGCAAGGCGGCACUAAAAUCUAAGCAAGAUAGCGUUCAAUGUUCAGCAGGUGGUGAUAAGGCACUGGUUGCUGGUGUGUUUAUGCUUGCAGAAGCACGGCAGAUAGACUUUCAAAAGGAGGAGAAAAAGAAUAGUUGGUGGCAACAUGUGCGAAGAUGGAUCAAAGUCACUACAGCUUAACCGGUACUUCGACGACCAAGACCGGAUGUUUACCAUCAACUACAAUGAAGAGCACACUGUCAUUGAAAUGGACCUGUGGGUGCGCGCAAAAACGGGGCUUGCCCUAUCUGUGGGCUAUUUCGUUGUGAAUAAAACUGAUAAGCUGAUCACACUCGACGGCAGCACACCCCCAGGCACCUACUGGCUGAUGGAACAUCACGACGAUGUUAUGAGCGAUGAAGAACUCGAGUAUGAGGAUAGGUACCCUCAAGGAUCCAAGAGACUCCCACAGGCCAAGCGCAGUCGCAGGCACGUGGUACUAGGACACGAGUACGUGGCCAAGCACUUCCACACAGUGCAGAUGUGUGGCAAGUGUUGCUACCCGAUGUUCGGCGUGGGCAUGCAAGGUUAUUACUGUCGAGG